AUGGCGGCCGAACAGAAAGCCGGCGACAUAGUCGCCGACAAUAAGAAGAAUACGCCCGUUCCCGAGACUGCGACCGCACCGGCGCCUAAGGUAGAGGUGGAGGAGGUUGAAGAUUUCCCCGACCCGGAUGAAGAUGACUUGGAUGACCUUGAUGAGUUUUUGGAUGACUUUUCCGCCGCGAAACCCGAGAGCAAGAAGCCUACAGAAGCCUCGACCUCGGCGCAACCGGCCAAGGCCGAGAAAUCCACAACUGUGCCUGCGCCGAGCGCCGGCCUUGGUGACGAGGAUGCGCUACUUGACGAGGAGCUCGCGAAGGAGCUAGAGAAGGGCAUGGCCAAUUUCUUUAGCGGACUAGAAAAUUCCUCCGAGAUGCAGGCAGAGUUCCAGGAGAUGUUCAAGAAGAUUGCCGAGGCUACGGCGGAGGUAGACGCGGAGACAGCAACCCCCGCUGCGACUGCCGGAGCAUCGUCCGCGAAGGCCGAUUCUUCGAGGUCCGCCGGCCCCGUCCCAGCAACGGACGCCUCUUUCCAGGAGACGAUCCGGAGAACGAUGGAGAGGAUGAAGACUUCGGGAGAUAAGACCACGGAAGACCUCUCAAAGGACGACAACCCCGAUAUCUUUAACGAUAUGAUGGGGCUUCUUGGGAACGCGGCUUUGGGCGGAGAAGGCGGCACGGACGAGCUGAACAAGAUGCUGCUGGGUAUGAUGGAGCAGCUCACGAAUAAGGAGAUUCUCUACGAACCCAUGAAGGAGCUACAUGACCAGUUCCCUGACUGGAUAGAGAAGAACAAGGAGAAGGUUGCCGCGGGGGAUUUGAAACGGUAUCAGGAGCAGCGGGUGAUAGUGGCGGAGAUUGUCGCCAAGUUUGAGGAGCCUUCUUACACAGACUCGAACCCUGCUCACCGAGAAUACAUCGUCGAGAGGAUGCAGAAGAUGCAAGAGGCCGGUUCACCGCCACCCGAUCUGGUAGGAGACUUGCAAUCAGCACAGGAAGCGUUGAACGCGCCGAACGACGAGGCAUGUAACCCUCAAUAG